CAAAGAUUAGUUGGCCAUACGUUUGUGACUCCAUUUCUGGGUUCUCUAUUCUGUUCCAUUGAUCUGAGUGUCUGUUCUUGUGCCAAGGAUAAGUAGAAUUUUAAUACAUAGAAAAGGAAGGACAUUCCAGGCAGAGGGAACAGCAUAUGCAAAACCUCAUGGUUUUGGUAUAUGCUAUGUGUGAGAACACAGCAAAACUGUUAUUAAGUUGGUAGGAAAUUAUCAAAGCAGAUUAAAUAUAGCAUAUCUUCAAGACUGAUGUUUUGAGUAUGUAUUCAUAUAGAUGAAUGAGGUAAAUACAUAAGACACAUUUCUGUCAGAAUCAAUUUCUUAUUAAGCUAUGGCAAUACAGAAUGCUUUAUCUUGUUUUUUCUACCUUUAGUAGCUGUGUAAACCACCUAUUCGUUUAUAAAAUGGAGAGACGUCUAAUAGCUUCACCAGAGUUACUCUACCUUAUAAAGUACUUAGAACAAUGCCUAACACACACUAAAAAAUAAUAGCUAAUGUUAGUUAAUGACCUUACAGAGUCAACUGGAAGUUGCUCCUAAUUUGUAGCUUUAAUUAACAAUAAUUAGCCUCUGAUUUUUUUUGUCCUGCAAACAUAAAUGCUUUAAAACGCAAGGUUUUUUUAGUGGAUCCAUGACAAAAGCCUGAAAAGUAGAUCAGAAACUAAUGACCACAUUUUGUCCCAUAGCCCAAGGCCAUUUUGGAGGAAGUGGCAAUCAUCGGAGCAAAGACAAACCCCAGGCUAUUUUUUGAAGCUUCAGAUGAGUAGAACUAAUCACAGAAAAGCUUGAAGUUUGCUGCUUUAAAGGCAGACAAGACCCGAUUGUUUAUGACAAACGGCUUGACCCACCACAGUAGCUAUUGCACACACCGAGGCUGGAAAGGCCAAAGCCACAGAUGAACUUCUGCCCAAUUCAAAGAUCCGGAGGCUCCUGGCUUUUGUGCAUAAACACACAAUGAAUGAAAGAAGCCCCUCAAGUCUGCAUCGGAAGCCCGUGCCUUCACUUUCCGUAAGUCCCAGCUCACGUGACAUUUCUUGCUUAAUUGCCCUUUAAACUGUUUUAUGGCUUUAUAGCAGCCUAUAAAAGGUGAUUUCCAAAUAUGACAAGUGCUGCAAGGCUGAAGGGGAGAGUUACCCUUCCCAAGAGAGGGGUGAGGAGCUGCCCGAGAGCGAGGCGCCAUGGGGCGAUACUCGGGAAGAAGCUUCCGGUUAGUCCUCCUGUGCGCGGUGAGCGUCCUCCUGUUUGUGAUGGAGCUGGUGAUCGCCCACAUAGGCAACUCCCUCUCCCUGGCCUCCGAUGCCUUCGCCGUCCUCUCCCACUUUGUUUCCAUGAUCAUUGCCUGGCUUGGCGUGAGGGCCAGCAGGAUAAAACGGCACAGGAAGAGCACUUUCGGCUUUCUCCGGGCAGAUGUGGUGGGAGCGUUUGGCAACUCCAUUUUUGCCGUGGCUCUGAUGUUCAGCAUCCUGGUGGAAGCUGUCAAGAGGUAUAUCGAUCCCCAGAAGACAGAGGAGCCACUGCUGGUUCUCAGUGCUGGAGUUAUUGGCCUCUUCUUCAGUGUCCUUAACUAUGUCACCUUGGACUGCUGUUACUGUACGGCACACAGGCCCCAGGGAGACACUAAAACAGGUGACUCUCUGAACACCCAGAAUGAGCCAGAAGAGACUAUGAAAAAGGAGAAAAAGUCAGAAGCCCUGAAUAUCAGAGGUGUCCUUUUGCAUGUGAUGGGCGACGCCCUGGGGUCAGUGGUUGUGGUGGUCACGGCCAUCAUAUUCUACGUGCGUCCCCUGAAAGGCGAGGACCCAUGUAACUGGCAGUGCUACAUAGACCCCAGCCUGACCGUCAUCAUGGUCGCCAUCAUUUUGUCAUCUGCCUUCCCACUCAUCAAGGAGACUGCUGCCAUUCUGCUGCAGAUGGUCCCCAAAGGAGUCAACAUGGAGGAGCUGAUGAGUAAACUCUCGGCCGUGCCCGGGGUUAGCAGUGUACAUGAAGUGCACAUCUGGGAGCUUAUAAGUGGAAAGAUCAUCGCCACCCUGCACAUCAAGUAUCGGAAGGACAGGGGCUAUCAGGAUGCCAGUAUGAAAAUUCGAGAAAUCUUCCACAAUGCGGGAAUCCACAAUGUGACCAUCCAGUUUGAGCACGUGGACUUGAAGGAGACCAUGGAGCAGAAGGAUCUGCUGUUGCUCUGUAGUUCACCCUGCAUCUCCAAGGGCUGUGAGAAACAGCUGUGCUGCCCGCCCGGGGCCCUGCCUCUGGCCCACGUCAAUGGCUGCGCAGAGCACAAUGGCUGUCCCCCUCUGGACACGUACCCAAGUGAUGGUCUCCGUGGACAAGUAACAAGAGAAGUGGCUAUUGAAGUAUCUUUGGACAGCUGUCUGAGUGACCAUGGACAAGCUCUGAGCAAAACUCAGGAGGACCAACAUUAUGUCAACAGCACACAUUUUUAAUCUUGUCCUGACGUACACAGACAGUAUAGACGAGGUGUUCGGGCUUGUGGAAGGACCUCUGUGGGCUGUAGGCACUGGUCAAAUUCAUGGUGUGCAUGCUCUGUGUUCAUCAACGGGCUGGUUGUUUGGGAUGUUAAUUGCACGUGUCUGUUAAUUUUUAUGUGACUGUGAACUCCUUUACGUCGUCCUGGGUAUCUCAUGCUGCUCUUCAACAAACUCACUGUUUUAGUUUGAACAUUUAUUUCAAAAAGCAAACCAUGCCAGCAUACGUAUCAGGGACAUUGAAGGCUGGGACUCAAUGGCUGUGGACACAGGAUUCAAAGUAGUUUUUGUUUUAAAGUGAUUAGAUUUUGUGGCUGACUCUCAGGUGAGCUCAUAGCCAAGUACAUCGAAAAAACUAAAGAACCAUGUUAGCUAAUGUUUUUUUCAUUCCAUCAUAAGAUCAUAAAAGAGGAAGGUUGGGUAGUCUUGUCACUGCAGAAUUUUUGUUCUUUGACUUGUUUUCAAAUAAAUGCAAAAUGAAUACCUACUAAAGUAGAAAAUAGUCUCAGAACAUCAAAGGAAGGAGAGGUUAUUGGGGGAAGACAGGAAGAAAAUGCUUCCUGACUACCUCUUCAUUUUGCAGGGUGGAGAGAAAACUAGUGUUUACUUUCUGCUGUGAACUGAACUACAACUAUAGGGUGCUUCAAAUGUUUAAUACACAAAUGCUUUUUUUUUUUUUUUCAUUUGGAAGUGUGGGAAUAUUUCUACUUCCUGAAGUAUGACACAAUACUUACAUUCUGUCUUGUAGAAUCAGUCCAGUUGGGAUUGUUUUCAUUUAUUGCUUAAUGACUUAUUUGUCCAAAUUUCCUUUGAGUCUUCUUUUAUAUGAUCAUGUGGAUAUAUGUAGCAUUUAUCAGGAGAAAAUGGAUAUUUCUGGGAGAGAAUAAUAUAUGAUACUGAGUAUUCCUUCCUGCCAAAAAUAAGCUGGAUUGACUUUUCUUCCAUUAGACAUAUUUUAAAGUAUUUAGUAGAGUUGCCAACUAGUAACUUCAUGGAAAAGUCUAUGUGUAGAGAGAGACCCCAAUGGGUUGCAAAAUUGACAACGAUCAUCUCUUAGGCUCUAGACACAGAGUCCUGUUGUAAAUCUGUGUGGUACUCCAACAGAAAUCCUGGGUUGGUAACGCAAAAAGCACCCACAUUUUUCAGCAUUAAUGCCGUUUAAACAAAUGUCUUAGUGUUCAUUCUUAGGCUGAAAUAAGUAAGCAUCUGUGAUCAGUAGGAUAAGAAUUUUUUUUCAUUCCUUGAAAAUUUAUUAUCUGAGUUUAAAUUGGCCAUGAAUUAGUCGAAUACGUUUUUGUCCCUAGGAGUUUGUUGGACUAGUCUAUAGAUAGUGUAUAGCCAAAAGAGGGGUAAAAUAUAAGACAACAUUUUUAUCUUUAAUCUUAAAAGUAUGGCAUGCACUCACAAAAAAA